AAAGGGCCGGGCGGCGGUUGGGCAAAACCAUUUGUAUGCUGCUGUGCUCUUCCUCUCGUCUUCUUCGAGAAGAGAAGAGAGCGGGGCGGGCGGGCAGCCUUUCCUUCCAUCGCAAAGCUCCCAUCUUCCCUUUCUUGAUAUAUUUCUGCCCUUUCUUGAGUUCUGUUUCGCAUCGAUUCCCUUUGAUUCUUUCAUUUCCUGCUGAGUUAUAUCUACCGCCGCCCAGAAAAAUGCUGUGAAUUCCUCUCAACAGACCGAGGUAGACAGACGAGGACGACGACAAUGGAGGAGGAGACAUACAUCCUUGAGAUUAACCUGAUCUCCGCUCAAGGUCUGAAGGCGCCUCCCGCUAACCUCCGCCGGAUGCAGACCUACGUUCUCGCCUGGGUCGACUCCUCCGCCAAGCUCAGAACCGGACUCGAUCGAAUCGGCGGCGAAAACCCUACCUGGAACGACAAGUUUCUCUUCCGGAUCUCAUCUGAUUUCGUCUCCAGUGAAACAUCUGGAGUCUCCUUCGAGAUCUACUCCGUCGCCUGCAUCAAAGACGUUCUCCUCGGCACCGUUCGUUUCGUCCUCAGUAGCCGCCGUGACUCUGUCAAGGAAUCCGCCGGGACUCCGGCCUGCAUCCCCGUCCAGAUACAACGCCCCUCUGGCAGUUUCCACGGCGUCCUCAACAUCGGCGUCUCUCUCUACAGAGCUACCAAAUCCGAUCGCGCGAUGAUGAAAGGAGUGUCCGCAAUUUCAUUCCGCGACUUGAUGGCGAGAAAGGAAGCCCUCCUCCGCCGUCGCCGCCGGAUGAGCGACGCCGGGCCUAAGCGGAGCCAGAAAUCAUCCACCGUGCUGUCACGCGACCUCUCUUCUUCGUCUAGUUCUUCCAACGGGAACGAGUCGAACCACAAUUUCGCAUCGACGGAGAAGACGGGAAAGAAGGUGCUCGAAGCCGGCGGCGGAGGACUGCUCUGUGGACUGCUGACGCAGAGGAGGUUCAGUUUCUGUCCAUUGGAUCACAACAUGCUGAGGGUUGCUGAUUGGGCUGGACCUCUUGACAAGAUUCCCUGAUGCCCGGCCCACUCGCUCUACAAUCUGGGCCUCCGAAUGGCUCAUAGCCUAAUCGAGCAGUCCUAUCCUAUCCUAUCACAGUCUGAAUGAUUUCUUCUUUCAUUUUUUCGGGUAACAAAAACUUGUUGAUGCC